UAAUUGGUGUAAAUGCGGAGUGGGCGGGAUAAAGAGUGUGUGACUCUUUGUUCCCAGUCCAAGAUGGCUGCGUCCAUGGCUCGGCGUUUGUGGCCUUUGUUGGCUCGUCGAGGGCUUCGGCCCCAGGGAAACUGUGUCUCCAGCCAGAACCCAAGGAGGAGUUUCGCUGCAGAGAAACCAGACCGGAACCUUCUGUACGAGCACGCGCGCGAGGGCUAUAGCGCUCUCCCUCAGCUGGAUAUGGAGCCUCUGUGCGCAUGCCCAGAAGAGGUCGCGCGUGCCCUGGACCUCCGCAAGGGGGAGUUGCGGCCGGCUGAUCUGCCCGCGAUCAUUGCAGUGUGGCAGGAGCUGAGGCAGCUUCGAGAGCAGAUCCGGAGCCUGGAGGCAGAGAAGGAGGCUGUGACAGAGGCCGUGCGGGCCCUGCUGGUGAACCAGGACAGCAGCCAAGUGCAGCAGGACCCUCAAUACCAGGCUCUACGGGCACGUGGCCGGGAGAUCCGGAAGAAGCUCGCGCCCCUGUACCCCAGGAACACCCAGCUCGAGGAGCGGUUCUACGUGCGGGCGCUGAGGCUGCCCAACCAGACCCACCCAGACGCCCCCAUCGGGGAUGAGAGCCAGGCCCGAGUGCUCCAUGUAGUCGGAGAAAAGCCAGCUUUCUCCUUCCAACCCCGGGGCCACCUGGAAAUUGGCGAGAAGCUCGACAUCAUCCGUCAGAAGCGCCUGUCCCACGUGUCUGGCCACCGCUCCUAUUACCUCCGCGGGGCAGGGGCCCUUCUGCAGCACGGUCUGGUCAACUUCACCCUCAACAAGCUGGUCCGCCGGGGCUUCACCCCCAUGACGGUGCCAGACCUUCUCCGAGGAGCCGUGUUCGAAGGCUGUGGGAUGACGCCAAAUGCCACCCCGUCCCAAAUUUACAACAUUGACCCCUCCCGCUUCGAAGACCUCAACUUGGCUGGCACGGCCGAGGUCGGGCUCGCAGGUUACUUCAUGGACCACACUGUGGCUGUCAGGGACCUGCCAGUCAGGAUGGUCUGUUCCAGCACCUGUUACCGGGCCGAGACGGACACGGGGAAGGAGCCCCGGGGGCUGUACCGCGUGCACCACUUCACCAAGGUGGAGAUGUUUGGAGUGACAGGCCCCGGGCUGGAGCAGAGCUCGCAGCUGCUGGAGGACUUCCUGUCCCUUCAGGUGGAGAUCUUGACUGAGCUGGGCUUGCACUUCCGGGUCCUGGACAUGCCCACCCAGGAGCUGGGCCUUCCCGCCUACCGCAAGUUCGACAUCGAGGCCUGGAUGCCCGGCCGAGGCCGCUUUGGGGAGGUCUCCAGCGCCUCCAACUGCACUGACUUCCAGAGCCGCCGCCUCCACAUCAUGUUCCGCACCGAGGCCGGGGAGCUGCGGUUCGCGCACACGGUGAACGCCACGGCCUGCGCGGUGCCGCGCCUCCUCAUCGCCCUCCUGGAGAGCAACCAGCAGAAGGAUGGCUCUGUCCUCGUGCCCCCAGCGCUCCAGCCCUACCUCGGCACCGAUCGGAUCUCGGCCCCCACCCACGUGCCUCUCCAGUACAUUGGUCCCAACCAACCCCGGAAGCCCAGAGACCCUGGCCAGGCGGCCUCCAGCUGAGAACGUCGCACACCAGCGGUUGUCACUGCUGCCUGGGUUGCAGAGGCCCGGCCCAGGGACCUAUUUUCCUGAACCUUCCUCAUGGCUGAGUCACUCACACCCCGGCUCCAGGCUUGACCCUCCCCUGCCCGCCCUCUCUGAGUCCCUGAGUGACCUGUUGCUCCUGGGGCCCGCAGCAGGAGGCAGGACCGACUCCUGUCCUCCAUCUCCUUUCCUCCCUCGUGCUGGGCAGAAGGUCCUCAAUAAAUGGCCAGAACAGGGGCCUCUGUGCAGCUGUGAGCAGGGGCAGAGCCUGGGCCACCCGGGAGGCACUGGGCAACGGCAGGGGGUCCCAGCCGACAUCGGGGGGUCUGUGGCUGUGAGGACUGGGCUGGCAGCAUCCAGCAACCCCAGACCAUAGGCAGGUGCCCCGGGCCCCCAGGAGCUUCAAGGAGGCCGAGCUCGUCCCCGCCCCCCAGGGCAGGCCUCUGCUGGCCGCUGGAACUCACCUCGCUUCACCCCUGUCGCCGGCUCCAGCAUCGACCCUGAGGUUUCCUCAGCAGUUUUUCCCACGUCCCUGUCGAGCUCAUCAGUGACCUUGGCAGUCCAGCUUCAGAAUCUUGCCGCAGCCUGUCAUGCCCUCUCCUCCUUGCCCUCUGCCAGUCCUGCUGACCAGUGUCUCCUCCUUGGAUCAUCACAGAAGCCGGCUGUCUCCUUGACUCCCUGUGAACCCCCAAGUCAGGGCCUGCCCCUCCCUCCCCAGAGCCCCCACGGCUCCAUCAGAGUAAAGGACGAAGUUGUCAUGGCCCCACGACUGUGCUCUGUCAUUCACUGCAGUGUUCUCUCCUUCCCUACGUAACCUGUGUGUAUGUCCUCGUCACCCCCUCGGGACUGGGGUGUUGGCCAGAUUGUUCACUGCUGUGGCCCCAGGGCCCAGGAGGGGAGCUGGCCUGUAGAAGGUGCUCAAUAAAACGGAGUGGACUGG